CGCCCGCGGGUACCCCGGCGCCAAUCCCGGGAGUCAGGCCCCUUUGGGCAGGGGCUCUCGGAGGCUCAGGAUGGCGGAUUUCGACGAAAUCUAUGAGGAAGAGGAGGACGAGGAGCGGGCCCUGGAGGAGCAGCUGCUCAAGUACUCGCCGGACCCGGUGGUCGUCCGCGGCUCCGGUCACGUCACCGUAUUUGGACUGAGCAACAAAUUUGAAUCAGAAUUCCCUUCUUCAUUAACUGGAAAAGUAGCUCCUGAAGAAUUUAAAGCCAGCAUCAACAGAGUUAACAGUUGUCUUAAGAAGAACCUUCCCGUUAAUGUACGUUGGCUACUUUGUGGCUGCCUUUGUUGCUGCUGCACGUUAGGUUGCAGUAUGUGGCCAGUUAUUUGCCUCAGUAAAAGGACACGAAGAUCGAUUGAGAAGUUAUUAGAAUGGGAAAACAAUAGGUUAUACCACAAGCUGUGCUUGCAUUGGAGACUGAGCAAAAGGAAAUGUGAAACGAAUAACAUGAUGGAAUAUGUCAUCCUCAUAGAAUUUUUACCAAAGACACCGAUUUUUCGACCAGAUUAGCAUUUACUUUAUUUAUAGAGACUUUCCAAGUAUGUUGUCUUUCCAAUGGUGCCUUGCUUGGUGCUCUCCUGGUGGUGACAUAACAUUGGUUCUACAGAAUCGUGUGGUGUUUUGUUUGUUUGUUUGUUUGUUUGUUUUUAAAUAACCGCAUGUUCUAAGUGUGCAUUUUUGUCAAUCUUUGCAACAGUUAUUUCAUAUAGAUGUUUAAUACUUAAGUUAUUGUGCUCUUUUCUGUUAUGUAUUCUGAUUUUCAAGGAUUACUUUUUUGUAUUAUCAAAAAAAUACAUUUGAACUUAGC